AUGUCGUCAAAAUUUUUAUUGGUGGUAAUAUUUUCUAUCUAUCUAUCUAUCUAUCUAUCUAUCUAUCUAUCUAUCUAUUGCCAAUCUAUCUAUCUAUCUAUCUAUCUAUCUAUCUAUCUAUCUAUCUAUCUAUUGAUUUGGCAUUUUCUUUCUUUCUUUCUUUCUUUCUUUCUUUCUUUCUUUCUUUUAUUAUUUCUUCCUUCCUUCCUUCCUUCCUUCCUUCCUUCCAUUCUUUCUUUCUUUCUCCUUUAUUCAUUUAUUUCGUUCAUGCCUGAUCUUUCUUUUUUUCUUUCCAAUCUUUCUUUCUUUUCUCGUGUUUCUUUCUUUCUUGCUUUCUUUCUUGCUUUAUUUCCUAAACUUUCUUUUUCCUCUUUCUUUCAUUCAUUAUUUAUUUAUUUCCUAAUCUUUCUUUCUUUUUCCUCUAUCUCUCUCGGUCUUUCUUUCUUUCUUUUACUUUAUUUCCCGAUCUUGCUUUAUUUCCUAAUCUUUCUUUCUUUUUUCUCUCUCUCUCUCUUUCUUUCUUUCUUUCUUUUUCCUCUAUCUCUCUCGGUCUUUCUUUCUUUCUUUCUUUCUUUCUUUCUUUCUUUCUUAAUCUUUCUUUCUUUUUCCUCUAUCUCUCUCGGUCUUUCUUUCCUAAUUUUUCUUUCUUUUUCCUCUAUCUCUCUCUGUCUUUCUUUCUUUCUUUCUUUCUUUUUCUCUUUCUUUUUUUCUUUCUUUCUUUCCUAA